CUCCAGCAGGUUACUCUUGCACGCAGAAGUGGAGGGAGGGAAACAGUUGAGAACACAAUGAACUUUUUAUUCUGUUAGGCUUGUAACAUGAGCUGUAAAUUGACUCAGCCUUCACAAAGCAAACCAGCACCCAGCAAUUCGUCACAUGUAGAAGGCUUUGGUGUCAAAGUCUACGCAGCUAUUUCCUCUUUAGUUUUGGAAAUUUGACCAGAAAACAAAAGAAAUUAAGAUAGACAGAAAGCUGAUGAGUGUAUGUAACUGAAAUGUCCAAGGAAGCAGUUGAACAAAACUGUUCAGCCUCCGGAAAGACUGAUAAACUGCAAAGUCUAAUGGAAGAAAAAGUUAUGGCAACUCAUUUCACAGCACUACGUUAUUUCUUCAUGUGGAUAUGUAUGUCUUUUGAACACUGAACAGUGCUUCUAGCUUAACUACAGACAUCAUCCGAGGAGAAGAAAUAAAAUCAGAACAAGCAAAUCUAGGAAAUGCAACUCCAAAGCUUGAGUCUUUAAGGAACUAUGAAAAUACUUGGAAAGCAAAAACUCUGCGGUAUCAAAAAUGGAUAGUGAUGGAGCUCCAAGAAAUUGUGAAGGCGGACUGUUUCAGAGAUCCCCAUUCAGCCUGUUUAUAAAUCAGAUCCAGAAGAAGAAAUCUUCUGCUAAGAAGGGGAAAUCUCAAUAUCCACCGAAAAGCAGAUUCUUUCCCCAGAACUCACAUUUUGAGGAAUCAAAAGAUGAGAGCAGGAAAGGAAACUCAACGCCCCCAACAAAUACAUCUAGAUCAGAAACGCAAAGUGUGGAGCAAGCUCUCCCUGCAGCAGAUAAUGUCCCAUCUCCUGCUGCUAAAGAAGUAUUAGCUUUAUGUCACUGGAGAGUCAAGCAGUUCCUGAACAAAUUGGGCAAACAGCCUUCCAACAAGAUUUUGGACUUAAAUAAUUGUGUACUGGGUGCAUCAGACGUAACAGAACUGAUUGACAUCAUACCUCUGCUAUCAGGCCUGGAGGAGAUUGAUCUUUCCUGGAAUGAUUUUAUAGGAGGGACAUUAGGACCUCUUACACAGCAGUUCAAACAUCUGCAGAAACUAAAAGUCCUCCAACUGAGUAACUGCAGGCUCACAGCCAAAGACAUGGCCUUCUUAGGAGAAGGACUUCAAGUAAUUCCUCAUCUCGAAGCACUGGAUUUAUCAUGGAAUACCAACGUGGGUGGGAGAUUUUCCCUUCUAACCCACAAAAUACCUAAAGCUUGUGCACUCAAAACACUAAAAGUCACAGGCUGCAAUCUGACUCCUGAAGAUGGCGAAUCAUUAGCUCAGCUCCUAAAUCGUAUGCAUAACCUUGAAGAACUGGACCUGUCUAUUAACAAAAUGAUAGGAUGGAGCCUGAACAGUAUCGCCCAGGAACUAAAAUAUGUCUCAAGCUUGAAAGUACUAAAUUUAAGCAUGUGUGGAUUAAAACAGGGUGGACUCCAGUGUUUAGGGACUGCCUUGCAGCAUUUAUUGGAAUUAAGGAAAUUAGAUGUAUCUUGCAAUAAAGAGAUUGGAGGAGGUUUCCAAAACUUUGCAACCCAUUUGGCUGGACUAAGCCACCUUGAAAUUUUGGAUCUUCACCAGUGCUGUAUUACAGAAGAGGACAUGGCCAUUUUAACCCAGAUAAUACCCCUUUUGUCAAGUCUUCAAGAGCUGGAUUUAUCAUCAAAUAAAAGUGUUGGCCUCUCCUCCGAUCAGCUAUUCAGCCGGCUCCGGUUUCUGCCCAGACUGACUUCUGUGCUCCUUGGCCAUUGUUCUUUACAGCAUGAUUCAUUUGCAUCUUUAGCUGAGGCUGCCCUUCACCUUCCUGAACUGAUGAUAUUAGACCUUUCUUGGAAUAAAUGCGUUGGUGGGAACCUAAAGCUGAUUUUGAAGGCGCUAAACCCUGGAGCUGAGAUGCAAGUGUUAAGACUGAGCAGCUGCAGCCUGGUGGAUGAGGAUAUCCUUGGCCUUGCUGCUGUUAUUCAAGACAGGAGCUUGGGUCAACUACAGAAGUUGGACCUUAGCUAUAACCACCAUGUCUCUAACCAUGGAUGGACAACAUUUUGCCAAGCUUUAGUUGCACUGGAUCAGCUUUCUGAACUAGAUCUCAGCCUUCGGCCAUCACUGCAUUGUGACUGCGGGGAAUGGUUUGGCCAACUGUUGGCUGCCUUGCAAAAGCUGCCUUUAUUCACAGAGCUGGGACUGCAAGGUUGGGUCCUUUCCAACGUUCAGCAACAGCAACUGGAACAGUUCAAUGGAGAGAAUCAACGAAAUAUUCGUUUUGACAUUUGGAAUGAACUUUGAAACUAUGAACCGACGUAAUAGCAACAAACAACUCAGAACUUUCAUAUGUUGUUUCUUCAGCUUUACCCACCAUGGUAUAGUAGUAACCUUUGGAAGUAUAGUUGCUCAUCUUGAUAUCGUCUCCACAGCCAAGGACUGACCCCUUGGGAACCCACUGAAUGCAACUACCUGUGUUGAUCUGUAUCAACAAACCAAUUUUAGCUCUCUCACCUUCAUGAAGAAUAGGUCCUUUGCAAAACUAAUUCCAUCUUCAGGACCAAGUGACAUCAAAAUAUUUGCAUUGGGAUAUAUAGUUGUCAGGAAGACAUUUCCUCCUCACAUUGUUAGGUGAGUAAGACUGCUACAUUUACAGGAAACAGAAAAGUCUGGUGAGGGAAUAGUGCAAUCAUUGCUGCUUCUCAAAAAAUCCUUUGACCUUGCAAAGCUUUGACUUCACUACAUCACUGUUGACCUGACAUAGUAUAAUAGGGAAGAAGAGGGGGGAAGAGGGCAGCAAAGAAUCUUACUCAGUUGGGAAAUACCAAAGCCCUUUCAAUUGACUGGUAGCCAUCUUAUCAUUUGUGGCUGUUGUCUAAAACUUCAGAAAUUUCUCCCUAAGAAAAUAAUGUUUGCGUCAUUGGACAAUGUUCUCCAUUAGUUGGAGUGUACAAGUGUCAUAAAAGCAAUAAAAAGUAUUGUUUGCACCUUU